UCUGUCUUGUCUACUGUGAUGUCAAAACAUCCAUAUACGAUAUUGUGAGUUGUGGUGUGGAUAAAGUUACUGAACUUUGAGGAGUGAAAUGGGAAAUUCAUUCUAGUAUUUAAGUAAAUGAGAACCCAUAAUCAUGGGCUCUCAAUUAUUAGAAAUUUUACGUCAAGGAAUAUGGGCUUCCUUGACGGGAGGAUGGUUUUAUGACCCCCAUCAGAAUAUGUUCCACAACACAUUCCAUCUCUACAUUUGGCUUUUCCUUCUUUGUCUCCCAUUUACUAUAUUUCUGUAUGUGGCAUCUAGCGUAUAUGUCUGGACAGCGUAUUGUGUCACCGUGGGUGUGUUCUUCACGAUACUCAAGUGUGUCAAUCUGUCUCUACAUCACAUGUAUGACACCUCAGAGUAUAUCGUGGAAGAGGAGGAUGACAGGCCAGAAUGUGAGCGAAGGAGACAACCGCUCAGCAGUGCCAGCAGUGGCAGGCCAGAAGAAAACAUAGAACUGCAGGUGUUAAAGACAUCUCACGGUAGUCCUCGCACCUCUUCUAUUGAGGCUACCAUUGGCUCCGAAGAUAGCAACGAGUCUACAGAUUACAACCAGGCGACUGGCACAGAUCCUCCAACUAUUGACUUAAAAGUGGAUGUACAUCGUAAGAAUAGUUCUGAGAGCAGUGAAGGUGUAAGCGCUGUAGUGGAGAAACAACAGCCCAGUCUACCAGCCGAAACUAAAGAGAGUAGACGGGGGAGCCAGCGGGAGAAUAAAGUGGAAGCAAUAAACACAGCUGCCGAGGCCCCCAGUGGAGGUGUGAGACGUCGCACUUCCAGACACAACUCUAUAGAUUCACCAGGAGACACAACACUAGCAGCUGUGGAAUGUGUGCGGGGACGACUCUCAAACCGGCGUCACUACUCCAACAGUUCGGGAGCUGGUUUCCUACUAGGAGCGGUGGAGAAUGAGGCUUCUGGCAGCGGACCGAUCAAACCCACCGGUUCCCUCGAACUGGGUCUCACACAUAAUGACUCUCUCCCCACUAUCCAUAAAGGAUUAGUGUAUUGGAAACAGCGGCCGAGUGGUAACGGCUGGCGCAACAAUGGGGAAGGAAACAGUAUGGUUUUGCGUAACCGUCUGCUCUGCCCAUACUACGGAUACGGCAGUGAGAUUGUAUAUCCUAUUGCAGAACAAAGUGACGAGCCUUCACAUGCUAUGGAUAGUGAGGACGAACCAGCAGGUAGCCAGUCACCACUGCUAGUACGUGGACCUAGUAGCACCAGCAGCCUGGAGAAGGUGUACCAGACGGUGUUCCAGAAGCACUUUGGUAGUGAGGGAGAGGUACAAGUGAGCGAGAGUGAAUGUGACAGGACUAGAGAGAGGGAGGAGGAUAUAGUGAGCAGUGAGGGGGAGUGGGACGGGGCACAUCGGACUAGGAGCAAGAAAAGACGGCUGGAAGGAGGGUGCAAAAAUCUUUCAGGAAUGAAGCAACAACCAAAUGAGAGAAGUCCAGAUAAGGAGGGUGGAAGUGACAGCCAACCCUCCCCGGAGGUCCCGAGCCUACUAGGGCUUAACUGGCUGUUUGAGCACACAGACAGUGAUACAGAGAACUCCAAGGCUGCCGCAAGACUGCUGAAUGAAGUAGUACCUGCUCCUGUCUCUCACUGGCACUACACCCUUGGGGUAUCAGAAACACUGUCAGACGACACCACGUCAGACACCUCCAACAGUCCACCUUACCAGUCUAGAUCCAAGAGGAGAGAUGACUCGGGCAGUUCUACAAAUACAACAGCUAGUGUAGAGAAUGAAGGGGCCAAACUGUUAGAGAAACAUAACAAGAAAUCAGAGGAUGGUUGUGAGAAGAGGAAACACAGUGGAGAUACUGCCAGAGGAGAAGAUAAAAGAAGAUCUAAACGAAGCCAGGACAUGGAAAAAGGGGAGGGUCUAGAUGUGGCAUCUGGCAGUACGAAGCCAGAUGAUAUUAACAACAACAAGGAAAACCAGUUCGGGCGACAGAACAGCUCCUCAUCCGGGUCCAACACAGAACUUAGCUCUCUGCUACCUCCUCCUGCCACUCCUCUAUUGGCUCUGUUCCUGUCCACACGACAGUCGGUACCGCCGCCUCCACCCCCACCUCCCCUUCCACCUGACCCUGACACUCCCAGUCGAGCCGACGGCCGUAGCAGCCGCAACCGCCAUCGUAGAUUUAAACGCUCCAGCCACACCCACCGAUAUCGGAUGUCUCGAUUGAGGGAGAGACAGAGUCUACCGUCCACUUCAUCAACUCAGCCGCCGGCCAGCACGUCUAUCCAGCUAGCGGCUCUCAUCGGAGGCACACACCUGGCCUCAUCCCAUGACGACACCUCAGACGGUGCGGUCCACGUGUUCAGAGAUGAGAAUGGCCACUGGAUGACCUACACAUUCGACGAGAAGGGUCUCGGGACUGCUAACUCGAGUCGGCCAGCACCGGGGACUAGAAAACUCCUGCACUCUAUCCUCCGUAGACAUAACAGUCAGUCGGAGAACAACUGGCUGGACAACUGGGAGUGGCAGUGUCCGGAGUCUCUCAGCAACUCUACCGCUUCAGUUGACUGUGGUCAACAGAACGUGUCAAGUCCUGCUACGACUCAGUCAGGCCCUUCUCCUGUCAGACCUUUACCGCUGACUUUGAUACCCUCACAGUCCUCCGCCUCACAUUCUCAACUUCAUCAACUGCAGCAGAACAGUAACGGAAUGUACUUGUUAGAGACUGUUGCGACACACAUCCUGAACAAUCCAAACCGAAGAGCUUUCCAUCAGAUGUUUUCCGAGGCAAUGGCUGAACGGAAUGUUCCGCCACGAACUGGUAUGCACCAUUACAACAUUGGUGCGAUGACACUGUCGAUGAAUCCUUACUAUGAUCCAGGAAUGAAUUCAUUCGAUGAACCCAACCCUAUUAUUCCUGUGCCUCCACCUUCUAGUUCUCAAGGAGAAACAGAUACUGAUAUUACUCUAACAAGAAAUAGGUUUAGGUUUAUGGACUCUGUUGAUAUAGGCCUACCCGAGUGUCCAAAGACUCCUAGAAGAUAUUACAAAUAUAAAAUAUCUCCUUGUUCGUACUUUAAAAUAAGACUAGAUCGGUUAGCUCUCUUAGCUCUUUUAGAUAGAAAUUUAACAAUGACUGAAACGUUACUCUCUCUGUUCCUUGCCAUUCUAGUUUCAUGCUUAGGAUCAAUUUUGUUAAACUUAGGAUUUUAUAGAGAUAUACCCGCAUUUAUAUUUUGUUUUGUUAUCGCUAGUUGUCAGUACUCUCUGAUCAAGAGUGUCCAACCUGAUGCUGCCUCACCUACGCAUGGGUUUAACAGGAUCGUGGCGUUCUCGAGGCCUGUUUACUUUUGUUUGUGUAGUGCCUUGGUGCUUUUGCUUCACUAUUCAGCAUUGUCUACGAAGAGAGAGUUCACUCUCUAUGGUGUUUAUGUCAAAAGUAAUGACUUGCUCAACUUUAUGAGGGACUGUUUUGUGACUCUCAUUCUCUGGUUUCCGUUGCUGUUCAGUUUAGGAUUAUUUCCCCAAGUGAAUACAUUUUCAAUGUAUCUUUUGGAACAAGUAGACAUGCACCUGUUCGGGGGUAAUGCGGCCUCGUCACUUACAGCAGCUGUGUAUUGUGUAUUUCGCAGUUGUCUUGCCGUAAUCGUCCUACACGGUUUUGCGUAUGGAGGACUGAGUGAAACAAAAUCCACUCAACACAUUUUAUUUUCAAUUUACUGUGGACUCUUAAUAGCCACUUCUUAUCAUCUGAGUCGGAGUUGUAGUGAUCCAGUGCCGAUUUGGAACAUCCUUAAGACUCAUUUGUGGCCGGUAGAGGAGGAGCUGCAAGAGGCACAGAUGCGGAAAAGUGAAAAAAGAAAACAAUGUAUGCGUGAUAAACACGAGAAAAAGCAAGAGAUUAAGAGUCAAUCUCAUACUGUUAACAUCGCACCAACGGAAAAGAAAGAAACCCCAGAAGGAACCAAUGGGGACCAAGAGACAGAUUUGGUAGAUCCACUGCCGACUAAGCUCCAGCGCACAGUCAACUGUCGCCUCAAAUCUGACCUCAUCAUCUGCAUGGUGACAGCAGUGUUUGUCUUUGGAAUCCAUUGCAGUACAGUGUUCACCGCACUUCAACCCGAGAUCAAUCCUGUUCUGUGGAGUGUAGCGGGUUGUGUGGGUCUACUGCUGCACUACAUUAUGCCGCAGCUACGAAAACAAUUGCCUUGGCUGUGCAUCGCCAGACCUGUGCUGCGCUCUCAUGAACAUUCUCAGUAUGAAGUAAAAGGUGCUGCAAGGGUCAUGUGGUUUGAAAAGUUGUAUGUGUACCUGUGUUGUUUUGAGAGGAACAUCCUUUAUCCUGUGGUGUUUCUGGCAUGCCUGACAUCAGAGUCUCCUGCCAUAGUACGCAAGGUUGGCCCAUACGCGGCAUCCAUCGUCAUCACUAUCUGUGCCCUCAAGUGUCUGCGCUGUGCGUUCUCUCACCCUCCUUCACAGUAUCUUAUUCUCGCCUUUGCCUGUCUCUUCUUUCAACUAGACUAUGCUGCUGCCAGCGAAACCUUCCUCAUUGAUUAUUUUGUUACCGCCAUCGCAUUCAGUAAAACCCAUGAAUUUCUUUUGAAGGUACAGUUUGUUGUGACCUACAUCGCUCCCUGGCAGAUAACCUGGGGCUCUGCAUUCCAUGCCUUCGCUCAGCCGUUCUCCGUGCCUCACUCUGCCAUGAUGUUCCUGCAAGCAGCUAUCUCUGCCGCGCUCUCCGCUCCACUCAACCCUUUCCUUGGGAGUGCUGUGUUUUUGACAUCAUACGUCAGGCCAGUCAAGUUCUGGGAGCGGGACUAUAACACUCGUCGUGUGGACCACUCCAACACUCGACUCUCAAGUCACCUGGAGCGCAACCUCGGGGCUGACGACAACAACCUCAACUCAAUCUUCUAUGAACACCUCACUCGGUCCUUGCAGCACUCUUUGUGUGGAGAUCUUAUACUAGGUCGGUGGGGAGCUGUGGCACAAGGGGACUGUUUCGUAUUGGCCUCAGACUAUCUCAAUUGUUUGGUCCACAUCAUCGAGCUUGGCAAUGGCCUGGUCACCUUCCAGAUGCGAGGACUAGAGUUCCGUGGCACCUAUUGUCAGCAGAGAGAGGUGGAGGCCAUCUCUGAAGGUGUGGAAGAUAACGAGGGAUGUUGCUGCUGUGAGCCAGGACACCUGCCUAACAUGCUCAGUCUGAACUCUGCAUUCUCACAGCGUUGGCUGGCCUGGGAGGUCACAGCCACCAAGUAUGUCCUGGAAGGUUACAGCAUAUCAGACAACUCGGCAGUCUCAAUGCUGCAGGUCUUUGACUUCAGGAAGGUUUUAGUCACCUACUAUGUCAAGAGUAUCAUAUUCUAUGCGGUGGGCUCUCCAUGCCUGGAGACGUGGCUGUCAUCACCUGUGAUCAUGGAGGCAUUGCAGCCCUACUGUGACCGUAACUUUGUUGACCUGGAUCCUGUCUUCAAUAUGAACAUUGACGAGGAUUAUGAUUUCCGAGCUGCAGGCAUAACUCGCAACUCCUUCUGUCACAUCUAUUUGGACUGGAUACAGUUCUGUGCUGACAAGCGAGACAAGGCAAUAAGUGACAAAAGCAAGGAGUCAGCUGUUGUCUCUCUUUGUUUUGCUCUGAGUUUACUUGGAAGGCGCACUCUUGGGGCAGCCUCGCACAAUACUCUCUCCAGUGUAGACUUCUUCCUGUAUGGACUACAUGCACUCUUCAAGGGGGAUUUUCGCAUCACUUCAGUACGGGAUGAAUGGAUUUUCUCUGACAUGGAUUUGCUGAAAAAAGUGGUUGCUCCUGGAGUUAGGAUGUCUCUCAAACUUCACCAGGAUCACUUCAUGUCUCCUGAUGAGUACGAAGAUCUCUCAGCAUUGUACAAUGCCAUCUCUCUACACCACCAAAAGUUGGUCAUCUCCCAUGAGGGCGACCCUGUAUGGCGCAAUGCUGUCCUCGCCGGCACUCCUUCACUCCUAGCACUCAGGCAUGUACUGGACGACAGUGGAGACGAGUACAAGAUUAUCAUGCUGAACAAACGGUACCUGAGUUUCCGAGUGAUCAAGAUGAACCGGGAAUGUGUGCGAGGUCUGUGGGCUGGCCAGCAACAGGAGCUGGUUUACCUCAGGAACCGGAACCCGGAGCGAGGCAGCAUACAGAAUGCCAAGCAGGCUCUGAGAAACAUAAUCAACUCUUCAUGUGAUCAGCCUAUUGGCUACCCCAUCUUCGUCUCACCACUGACCACGUCGUACGCGGACACUAACGAGCAGUUGUGUGGAAUUGUGGGUGGGCCCAUAAGUCUCGGCACAAUCAAACGUGCUGUCCUUCAGUUCUGGACUCGGGUGAGGCGGAGGUGUGUGGAAGGCUGCUCAAGUGGUGGUUCAGUACCUCAUGAUGAGGGAGGCUUUGGCCAUGAGGGAGUUUACGCGAUGACAACGUACAACAUUCACUCUGGUUAUGGACAUACGGGCAGCCAAUCCAUUGAGGGGACAAUGGGGCGAGGUGGCUCACUAGGCAGGAGUGGCAACCGAGGUAGUAUAGCGAGUGCGGGCAAGCCGUCGUCAUCCACACUCGCUUCCCUGGCAGGACUUCUCACCGCAGCAGAAAAACAGGAAGAGAAAGAGCAGGUGCUGCAGAGGGUUAGGAUAGUGGACCCUAACCAAGUGUAUGAUGCCAUCAAUCUGGGACGCCGCAUCGACGUGAGUUGGCCAGAUGAGCGGAUGAGAGCUCGUGGCGGUCGCUCCCACUGGCGGGACUGGCUGCCGGAGAAAGGCAUGGAAGGCCAGGUAGUUCACCGGUGGGUGCCGUCUCAUCGAGACCCCAACAGGAGGUCGCACGUUGACCGGACUAUCUUGUUAGUAAAGAUAGAGGACAGAUACGUGCCGAUUGCUGAGGCGGGAGUCGUGGAUUUGGGUGCUGAAGUAUAACACGAUACAAUACGUCAAGCGUCCACAUGUACUGAAUGCCUUAUCGUCAACAGACUGAUUUAGUAAUAGUUAAUAGAGAUCAGUAAUCAAAUAUCAUGUAAAUAUUAUUAUCAUUAGGUACUGUACAAAGGAAUACGUACAUAUAUUUGUUACGGUCUGCUUGUUGUUGCUAGUUGUGUUAUAUGAUUAUAAUGUUUUUGUAUGGAGAUUGUCGAUGGCUGUGUUGAUGGAUUUUAUCCAUAAAAACCAAAGUAUCCAAUACACUAUGUUGAUGACACUGUGUUAAAGCUUUUGAUUUUUUAAUAGUGUAACAAUCAGUUUUUAUUUUUGUAAGGUUAAACGUUUCCUAUCUCUUAUAGUUUGGUAAAUAAAUGUUGCAAUAAUAUUAUAUGGAAUUAUUUAGGAAGUUGAAACAGUUUUGUAUGCAUUAUUUUUUCUUAUUUGUUUUUAUUCUUUGACUGUUUCAUUUCCCUAUGCUUCAAACAAUUUUUCAAACACUCCUUGUUAAUAAAAAAUAAUAUUUUUGAAUUUAAUCCUAGAAAUUAUUAUUUUAAAGUGAAAAAUGCUGCUAUUCAAACUAUUAUAUCCUAUAGUAAUAGGAAUAGUGAAUAGUAAUUUCUUUAUAGUGGUUUAUAUAUUUCUCUUUCAUAAAUUUGGAUUUUUUAUUAAAUAUGUAAAAAACUUAAAAACACUUUGGAAAGUCACAAAUUUUAACAGCCACAUAUUAAAAUUCUAAAAUUGUUUGGCUAUGAGUUAAACCAUGACAUGCAUUUAUAUACAUUAUGAAUUAGUUUUAAUUGUUAGCUAUGUUUCGGAAUUAAGUUGUUCUGAGAGUGUUUCAAUUUACUCAUUUUUUCAAUAUUUAACCAAAAACUUAACUUUUCUGACACUUUGAUGUGACAUUAAUUUCUGAAAUUACUUCAAAAUUUUAAAUACUGUUAAGGUUUUUGUUGAAAUCUCUGUGGUGAUAGUCAAAAUAGGUUUUAAGGAAUUAAAAAAGAUCUUAUGGACUCCAAAGGCACCAAAAGUGUUGAAUUUGUGUAAAACAUUAAAUAUUUACCCAAAGAUAUUUAAAUGAAAUUUUAAAGAUUUUCAUAAAAGUAUCCUUAAUGGAUACUUAAAGCAGAGAAUUAAUAUUUGUAGCUGUCAAUGGCCAAUUUUCUACUUUUAUUAAAAUAUUUUCCUAUUCAAAUUUAUUAUCUAAUUUAAAAAGUAUAUACAUAGUUCAGUUUGGAGUGUGCAAAUAAUUGUGACGUUAGAAUUUUGAACCCUUGACAGACCUAGAGAGUGCCCGCUUGUAUUUAUGAACAGUGGCUAAUUUAUAAUAUAUCUCUCAAAUGUGUAUACUUAUAUGAACUUUUCCUGAAAAUUUCUUAAUCAAUUGUAACUACCUUUGACCUAGGUGUGUCAUUCUGUGCAUCAAGUAAUCAGUACAAGGACACCUAGAGUGUAUGCAAUAUUUUUAUUUUGGUUUUGAGUGCCAAAAUAGAGAUAUUUUUAAAACUGUAAUGUUUGGUUUUAAGACCAAAUACCUAUCAACAAAUAUGUAAUAUAGAAUGUAUGCAUACAAAUCUGUUCUAUUUCAGCAAGUAAAGGUAUGUAACCUUUUAACAAAUUAAGUCUUCUGUCUGUGCUGCUUACAUGCAAACAUAAGGCAAGGAAAGUAUACUGUAUUAGUAAAAUACUUCAUAAAAAAUGUCUCAGCAAAAGUUAUUAGCUGUCACAGUCAUAGAAUUUGUAAAGGUCUGAAAGCAUGCAAUGACUUGUCAGUCUGGAGUGGCAUAAAGCAUUUGACUGAUAUAUAAACGUUAAAGCCAGUUUUGAGAACAUCAUUACCUGAAAGUUCCAGUAAAAUUGUAAUAAGUAACUCAUAGCUACACCCAAAGGAGGAAUCAAAUCCAAAUUAAUCUUUCUUGCAAAACAACAAAAGUCUGUGAGAAUUGUUUGAUUUUUCCAUUUGAAUCUACAUCCAUUAUGUAUAACAGAUACAAAUGAAAUGUAUACAAAAUAGGAAUAAAUAAGUAACUUCUAAAUUAGUUUCAAAUUAAAUAAAAAAUUGUGUCUUCUACUGUAAAAUAAUCAAAUCCAAACAAACAAUAUUAUUUUAGAUUUAAGAAAAAGCCGUAAUAUUACCAGUUUAUAUCUAGUUAUGAAUCUAACCGGGUGAGAUUGAUGCAAACUGAACCCAAAUCUAAAUGUUUUUCUGAACUUGUAUAUAUAAUUGUGUCUUGAACGAAGACAGAGAUUUGGAUUUGAUUAUUGAGUUGUGGAAUCUCACAGCUGACAAGCGAGCUCAUUUGUGUAAACAUUGAUGCUCUUCUUUUUUAUCCAUUCAUCCUUUAUUUAUGUAUGAACGUUUAAAUUAUAACUUACAUGAACUCAUACUGCAUUACACAUUUCCAAGUAAGAUUAAGUAAUGUUUAGCAUUAUACUGUACUAUAAAAUGUUAUAGAUAAAUUAUAAAUUAGUGCAUGAAUUGUGUUUCCAAAAUUGUGUACUGGUGAGGCUAAUGAAUUGCAGUAAGACUUAUAUGAAGAAUAUUACGACUUACUUUCAGAUGUAUUAUUGUACGCGCUGAUAAACGAAAUACUUGGAAAGCCAUAGUAGUAUAUUAUUUAAAAAAAAAAAAACGCAUAAACAAUUAAGUUAAAAAUUCAUGUACACCAGAUAUGCCCAUGGAGUUAUUUAUUGAAUAGUGUUGCUAAACAACGUAAAAACAACUCACCUCUCGAUCUGUUGUGUAUUGUAAACCGAGAUGUUGUGUGUAUAGUAUAAUUAAUAACUACUGGUGGAAAGUGGAUAAGUUUUUAUGUUAUAUUUAUCUGUAUAAUUAUUACAACACAGAAUACAGUUGUAAAUUGGAA